AUGUCUCAGGAAGCCGUUGAUCUCAAAAAUAAGGGCAACAAGUCCUUUGCCUCUGGCGACUAUCCCGCCGCUGUCGACUUCUACUCCAAGGCAAUCAAACUGAACGACAAAGAGCCAACCUUUUUCACUAACCGAGCUCAAGCUUACAUCAAGACCGAAGCGUACGGAUAUGCAAUUGCAGACGCCGGCAAGGCCCUAGAGCUAAAUCCCAAGCUCAUCAAGGCGUACUACCGACGUGGCCUCGCCCGAACCGCUAUCCUGCGACCCAAAGAAGCGAUUGAUGAUUUCAAGGAAUGUGUUAGACUAGACCCUAAUAACAAAGAUGCAAGACUCAAGCUUGAGGAGUGCAAGAAGAUUGUGCGCCAACUCGCCUUUUUCGCUGCCAUCGAGGUUGGCGAUGAGCCCUCAGCUGCCGAAGGCCUGGACCUCGAUUCUAUGGUCGUUGAACCCGAAUACGACGGUGUGCGUUUAGAAAACGAAAUGACACAGGAGUUCAUUGACGAUAUGAUGGAGCGCUUCAAGAAUGGCAAGAAGAUCCACCGGAAAUAUGUUUACCAAAUCAUUAUCGCGGUCAAGAACAUCGUCUACGACGAAGCUACUAUGGUUGAGAUGGAAAUCCCUGAUGAUGUUGAGCUGACGGUCUGUGGUGAUACCCACGGCCAAUACUUUGAUCUCAUGGAACUCUUCCGCCGGAAUGGAACUCCCAACGACAAACAUUGGUACCUGUUCAACGGUGACUUUGUCGACCGAGGAUCAUGGUCCACCGAGAUUGCCUUGCUUCUGUAUGCGUUCAAGUGGUUGCGGCCCAAUGGCUUCUUCCUCAAUCGUGGCAACCACGAGACGGAUGACAUGAACCGCGUUUACGGUUUCGAGGGAGAAUGCAAGGCCAAGUACAAUGAAAGAGUUUUCAAGCUUUUCUCGGAGAGCUUUUCUGCCCUGCCCCUCGCUACACUCGUUGGCGAGAAGUAUCUCGUGCUCCACGGUGGCCUAUUUUCCGACGACAAAGUCACCUUGGAUGAUAUCCGCAAGCUGAACAGACACAACCAAAGACAACCUGGACAGGCUGGCCUCAUGAUGGAGAUGCUGUGGACUGACCCACAAGACGAACCUGGCCGAGGACCCAGCAAGAGAGGCGUGGGCAUGCAGUUUGGGCCCGAUAUCACUAAGAGAUUCUGCGAGAACAACGGUCUAGAGGCUGUCAUUCGAAGCCAUGAAGUGCGAAUGGAUGGUUACGAAGUCCAGCAUGAUGGAAGAUGUAUCACCGUCUUCUCUGCGCCCAAGUACUGCGACUCAACAGAGAAUCGUGGAGCCUACAUCAACAUCAAGUCCGACUAUAAGCUCCGGUAUGAGCAGUUUGAUGCUGUGCCCCAUCCGGAUAUCAAGCCCAUGGCAUAUGCCCAGAGUUCUCUCAUGUCAUCUCUGAUGUAG